GCACAUCCCUUGAAAGGAAGCACAGAGCAGGCCAAUUUCUUUCCUUACCCCUGCUAAAUUACUAUUGCCCACCCUAUGGUCUGAAUGUGAAUCUUCUCACUAGAGAGCAGGAGUCACAUGAUUUCAACUUAACCAUUCAGGAAAGUCCUUGUUGGCUAGCCAGUCUGAUUGGCCAAGUUCUGGACAUGUGACCAAAUAGAACACAGAUCAGGAGUCACAGUUGGUGUGAGGUAGCUGAGACAGUUGGUAACUGGCCUGCUAUAAUUGAGGUUGAGAUUUCACUCCAGGACUCCAGUGGCAGAGACAGUGCUCUGAGGCAGCCUGUGAGACCAUGAUUGGAGAAGAGGCCCCUGUCUACUCCCCAAUACUCAGGCUUCCUCCAGUGGCUGGAAUUUACCUACUAGCUCUACGCUCUGUCAGCUUACAGCAGCACCAGCCAUGAUGUCAUGGUCAAACUGGUGAAGCACGGCACCCUAUCCCAGCUCCUGACUUUGUAUUUAAACAUGUCCUGGAUCCUUGACCACCAGCAGCAGAUGGUGCAACAAACUUCCUGAAAGUGUUUCCACUGAGCCUUGAGAGGUGAACAUGCCUGUCAUCCUGACAGAACAACUUGAGGAAGGGCCAUCCAUAUUCCCGCUCCCUAACCAGGACACUGCUAAGGUGAAUAUGAGGAGUAUUCCAUCUCUGACCCCUUUUCCCUGAAGGGCUUCACUGCCCUGAUGUCGGCACACCUGUGUAUGCCUUCCUGUGACGUCACUGAUGCAGACCAAAUGGAGAGAGCAGCAUGGCCGAUGCCUGCCCUGUGGGCUACACUGAUAGUCUAAGGGCUGUCAUGGCAGUGAGUUGAAGACUAACUAAGCAGGCAUGAGACAAAGGAGAGGAGAAAGUUGUAUUUCCUGAAGGGGUGAGGAGCGCAUUGGCAUCCUAUUUGUAAGGUGGCCACAUCCUGCUCCAACAAGGAAAGCAUGGGGCCUUCACUCCAGGAGCCAGAAAUUAUGGGUAGAAAAGUGGGUUGUUUCUGAGCAUGCUCCAUGGAGGAAGACCCUCAUGUCCCGAGUGUGCUCAGUACAGGAGUUCACUAAACUCAGCAUGCUUAAGGAAGAGUUUACCACUCUCCUGGGCAUGCUUAAAUGACAGAGGAGAGAAGAUUACCUUUCAGCAGAUUCCAAGGUGCCUGCCUCCCAGUGUGGCAAAGGAUACCAAACUGUGGCUGAGAACACCACAGUGGACACUGAGACUUGCUGCCAGCUCUUGGGCACAUUAGUUCACCACAAACGUAGACAAGUCCCUGAGCAGAGGACAACGGCUUUUCUUAUAGCUUGUCCUGUGUCCUCACCAACUCAGAAAUAGUCUGUCCAUGGAGCCAUGUCAUCCUGAGUAGCCUUUCUGUUACUCUCUAUAGAUGGUCUGAGAGCUUCACCUGGUCACCCCAGGGGCAAUCUCACCGCUGGUCUACCUGCCAUUUGCUGCAGACUGAGGUGCUGCCCUGACGAGAGUUUUUCCCUCCCCUAUCUGUACCUAGAGUUUGAAUGUUUGCUACUCUUCCACACUUCUCCACCCUUUUUCUUCCACUCUCUCAAUCAAUUAAGUAAAUAGGAGAGAAAAUUGGGAAAGGGGUUGUAUUGUUAGACUACUUCCUGUUGAUUAGGGAGAUUGAAUUCCUUGGGCAAAGUUUGAUCUUUGCCAUCAGGAUAUCCAAUUUCUUCUUUCUUCUGUGCACACAAAUAAUUACCUCAAACACCAACCACUCAUAACAAACAACCGACAACCACCAACCCCCCCACCCCUCCUAAGGCCCUGUCCUUUCUGUGCCCUCUGAGAAGCCCUCAGAAUUCUGAGUCACAGAAACAUGGAAACUGUCUGUUGCUCCCAAAAUCACGCACCUGCUGGAGCAUGAGGGAAAUCAUAGUCAGCUGAUGUGAAAAAUCUGAAAUAGUGCCCUACUCCCUACCUGUGGUUAAAAUAAAAAUGUAGUCUUAUGUUUAUGUUAAAAGAACCAAAAAUGCUUACAUUUGUCAGCACUCUUGUCUCUCUCAGGAAUGUGAGAGUAAAGUUGUGAACAAUCGACUGCAUUUCCACUGUAUGUGAACCAUGUUUGCUCUCCUUGGGAUGCCCCCUUUGCUCCCGGCUGUUGGUGACCAUGGAUACUCCUUGAAGAAUGGGAUUAGUAGGACAAGACCCCCUGUUCGCACACAUGCUCAUGUCCACUGCUAUGUCCAUGGGGCUGGGGCUCAUCCCUGAGUCUCCCAUGCUGUUCAUCAGGAGAGAAUUCUCCGUCUUCUGAACUGCAGAGCAGCUCCCAGGACACUGAGUCCUAAAGCUCAGUUUGACAUGUGUCAGGAGGGCUCAGGGCACAUCACACUGCUGUGGCCUCCUCAUCACAAAGGAAUCCUGGCAGCAGAGAGGCUGCCACAGCCCCUUUCUAGCCGCCAGCCCCUCCUGUGUCCCUUUCCCUGCUUGCUUCUUUCGAAUGCUGUUGAAUUCAUCAAAAAUGCAUUCUGUCCAUGUUUUGUUCCUUCUUUCUGAGCCCCAGAACUUCUUUGUCUAGGCACAUAUUUUUCACAAUGUACUUUAAUCCUGUUCAACCUCCCCUCUGGCUUACAACCCACAAGAAGUAGUGUAAAAGGAAGGGUAUUGGGAUAUGGAGAAGUGGACCUGUUCAGAUACAGUUCUUUAGGGCAAUUCCAGUUCUUGUUUUCAGUCCAUUCCCCUAGCAAACACCAAACAUGAGCAUGCAGCUGCAGUCUGGAGCACAGAGCAGACACCACACCUGAAUCAGGAACGCAGUUCAAGCCAGAACAAACAAGGUCAACCAAUAUUCUGUAAGGACGAUUUGACAUUCGAAUGCAGAUGAUUUUGAGAAUUGCUUUUUCCAUGUCUUUGAAGAAUUGUGUUGGGAUUUUGAUGGGGAUUGCAUUGAGUCUGUAGAUUGUCUUUGGUAGGAUGGCCAUUUUUACUAUGUUAAUUCUGCCAAUCCAUGAAUGGGGCAGAUCUCUCUAUUUUCUGUGAUCUUUGAUUUCUUUCAUGAGAGAUUGAAGUUAUUGUCAUACAGAUCUUUCCUUUGUUUGGUUAGAGUUACCCCAAGAUAAUUUAUAUUAUUAGUGGUUAUUGUGAAGAGACUUGUUUCCCUAAUUACUUUCUCAGCUUCUUUAUCAUUUGUAUAAAGGAAGGGUACUGAUCUAUUUGAUUUAAUUUUAUAUCUGGCCACUUUGCUGAAGUUGUUCAUCAGCUGGAGAAAUUCUCUGGUAGAAUUUUGGACUGCUUAUGUAUACAAUCAUAUCAUCUGCAAAUCGUGUUACCUUUCUUUCUUCUUUGCUAGUUUGCAUCCCUUUGAUACCUUUUGGUUGUCUUGUUGUUCUAACUAGCACUUCCAGUACUAUAUUGAAUAGUUAUGGGGAAAGUGGACACCUUGUCUUGUUCCCGAUAUUAGUGGGAUUAUUUCAAGUAUCUAUCCAUUUAAUUUGACAUUGGCUGUUGUUUUGUAGUAAAUUGCUUUUAUUAUUGUUAUGUAUGGGCCUUGAAUUCCUGAUCUCUCCAAUAAUUUUUACAUGAUUGGGUGUUGUAUUUUCAAGUGGAUUUUCAGUAUCUAAGGAGAUGAUCAUGUGAUUUUUUUCUUUGUUUUUGUUUAUAUGGUGGAUUAUGUUAAUGGAUUUUCAUAUAUUGAACUAUCCUUGCAUCCCUGGAAGGAAGCCUACUUGAUCCUGGUGAAUGAUGGUUUGACAUGUUCUUAGGUUUGGUUUGCAGGAAUUUUAUUGAGUAUUUUUGCAUCAAUAUUCAUAAGUGAGAUUUUUCUGAAGGUUUUUUUUUUGUUGGGUCUUUGUGUGGUUUGGGUAUCAGAGUGAUUGUGCUUUUAUAGAAUAAAUUAGUUAGUGUUCCUUCUGUUUCAGUUUCAUGGAAUAUUUUGAGGAAUAUUUUGAGGAAUAUUAGGUCUUCUUUGAAGGUCUGGUAGAAUUUGGCACUAAAUCCAUGUGACCCUCGGCUUCUUUUGGUUGUGAGGUUUUUAAUAACUUCUUUUAUUUACUUAUGGGAUAUGGGCCAUUGUAGAUAGCCUGCCUGCUCUUGAUUUGACUUUAGUACAUGUUGGUCUAAAACAUCAUCCAUUUCAUCUAGAGUUUCUAGAUUGGUUGAGUAUAGGCAUUUAUAGUAGUAUCUGAUGAUUUUUUGAGUUUCCUCGGUUUCUGUUAUUAUGUUUCCCUUUUCAUUUCUGAUUGUGUUAAUUUGGAACCUCUUUCUGUGCCUCCUGGUUAGUUUGGCUAAGGGUUUAUCUUGUUGAUUUCCUCAAAGAACAAGCUCCUGGUUUUAUUGAUUCUUUGUAUAGUUCUUUUUGUCUCUACUUGGUUUCUUUCAGCCCUGAGUGUGAUUAUUUCCUGCCUUCUGCUCCUCUUGGGUUUAUUUGCUCCUUUUUGUUCUAGAGCUUUUAAGUGUACUGUCAACCUGCUAAUGGAUUUUCUCUCUAGUUUGUAUUUGGAGGCACUCAGAGCUGUGAGUUUUUCUCUUGGCCCUGCUUUCAUUGUGUCCCAUAAAUUUUAGUAUGUUGUGCCUUCACUUUCAUUAAAUUCUAAAAAGUAUUUCAUUUGUUUAUUUCUUCCCUGACCAAGGAAGAAUCAAGGAAUCAUUGGGUAGAGCAUUGUUCAGCUUUCAUGUGUAUGUGGGCUUCCUGUGGUUUUUGUUAUUGAAGAGCAGCUGUAGUCCAUGGUGAUCUGAUAGGACACAUGGGAUUUUUCAGUCUUCUUGUAUCUGUUGAGGCCUGUUUUGUGACCUCUUAUAUGGUCAGUUUUGGAGAAGGUACCAUGAGGUGCUGAGAAGAAGGAAUAUUCUUUUGUUUUAGGAUGAAAUAUCCUAUAGAUAUCUGUCAAAUCCAUUUGGUUCUGUUAGUUUCACUGUGUCUCUGUUCAGUUUCUAUUUCCAUGAUCUGUCCAUUGAUGAGAGUGGGGUGUUGAAGUCUCCCAUUGGUAUUUUGUAUGAUACAGUGUAUGAUUUGAGCUUUGGUAAAGUUUUUUUUAUGAAUGUUUGCAUUUGCAUUUACAUUUGGAGCAUAGAUAUUCAGAAUUGAGUGUUCAUCUUGGUGAACUUUUGAUGAGUAUGAAGUGCCCUUUCUUAUCCUUUCUCAUAACUUUUGGUUGAAAGUCAAUUUUAUUUGACAUUAGAAUGGCUAUUCCAGCUUAUUUCUUGGAACAAGAAACAUUUGCUUAGAAAAUUGUUUUCCAGCUUUUUACUCUGAGGUAGUGUCUGUCUUCUCAGAGGUGCAUUUCCUGUAAGCAGCAAAAUACUGGGUCCUGUUUAAUUACUCAGUCUGUUAGUCUAGGUCUUUUUAUUCGGGAAUUUAGUUCAUUGAUAUUAAGAGAUAUUAAAGAGUAGUGAUUACGUGUCCUGUUAUUUUUGUUGUUAGAGGUAGACUUAAUCUUUGUGUGGCUCUCUUAUUUUGGGUUUGUUGCAAGAUUACUUUCUUGCUUUUCCUAGGGUGUAGUUUCCUUCCUUGUGUUGGAGAUUUCCAUGUAUUAUCCUUUGUAGUGCUGGAUUUGUGGAAAGAUAAUCAUGUAAAUUUGUUUUUGUUAUGGAAUAUUUCAGUUUCUCCAUGUAUGGCAAUUGAAACUUUUCCUGGGUAUAGUAGUCUGGACUGGCAUUCAUGUUCUCUUAGGGUAUGUAUGACAUCUGUCCAGGAUCUUCUAGAUUCAUGGUCUCUGUUGAAAAGUAUAGUGUAAUUCUGAUAGGUCUGCCUUUAUAUGUUACUUGACCUUUCCCCCUCAUUGUUUUUUUACAUUCUUUCUUUGAUUUAUGCAUUUCGUGUUUUGACGAUUAUGUGUUGGGAGGAAUUUCUUUUGUGGUCCAGUCUGUUUGGAGGUCUGUAGGCUUCUCAUAUGUUCAUGGGCAUCUCUUUCUUUAGGUUAGGGAAGUUUUCUUCUAUAAUUUUGUUGAAGAUAUUUCCUUGCCACUUAAGUAGGAAAUCUUUGCUCUCUUUUAUAUCUAUUAUUCUUAGGUUUGAUAUUUUUCAUUGUAUCUUGGAUUUCCUGUAAGUUUUGGGUUUGGAACUUUUUUCUUUUUAUUAUUAUUAUUAACUUGAGUAUUUCUUAUAUACAUUUCGAGUGUUAUUCCCUUUCCCAGUUUCCGGGCAAACAUCCCCCUCCCCCCUCCCCUUCCUUUUGGGUGUUCCCUGAAAGACCCACCCCAUGAGUCUUAACUCAGAGUUGCAACAGGCUUGAACAAGCCCAGGCACGCCCAGAUACCUAGGGCCGAGUCACCAUUAAAACUAACAGACCAUAAAAGGAAAGGAAUACAGAACAGACUAGGAGUACCGGAUCUGGCAGGAAGGGAUAAGUCCCUAGCCACCCCCCCCCCGACAUUCAGGACGUCCCAGCCCGCACGUACUCUUACCAUGUUACAACCUCAUUCGAAUAUGAUUCAAACCUGCCAAUGUGUGUAGCUAUACCUUAUUACCUCAUCUUGUGAAAUAACCAAUCAUAUGUGAACAUGUCUAUAUGCCUCGUUUAAAUCCACCAAUCCCCGUAACUAUGCAUCUGCUUCUGUACGCCCACUUCUGCUUCCCCAAACCCUAUAAAAGCCCCAUGCUGGAGCUGCUGGGCGCGCAAGUCCUCCGAAGAGACUGUGUGCCUGCAGGUACCUGUGUUUUCCAAUAAACCCUCUUGCUGAUUGCAUCCGAGUGGCCUCGGCUCGGUCAUUGGGCGCUUGGGGGUCUCCUCCUGAGGGAAAGGUCCUCUCCGGAGGUCUUUUCAUUUUGGGGACUCGCCCGGGACCUGGAGAUCCUCUGCCCAGAGAUCACCGACCACCCACCGGGAGGUAAGCCGGCCGGCAUCUGUCGUGUCUUGCCCUGUCUUGUCUUGUCCUGUGCGCGUGUUCAGUUCCUCUCAGUUUUGGACUCAGAUCUGGGUUUUGGUCGGAGGAGAAGGCCCAGGGCCUUCGGUGUCUCAGGGUUCAGGACCCUCAGCGCCUCCGUUUGGGCGGGUCAGAGAAGGAGCUGACGAGCUCGGACUUCUCCCCCCCGCAGCCCUGGAAGACGUUCCAAGGGUGUCUGGAGCCCGGUUCUUUGGGGCUCAGCCCGUAUCAGAGGGAUACGUGGUUUUGGUUGGAGGAGAGGGUCCAGGACCCUCGGCACCUCCAUCUGACUCUUUGUUUUGGGUUUUACGUCGAAGCCGCGUGGUGCGUCUGUCUGUUAUUUGUCUGAUCGUUGGAUUUGUCUGUCUAAUUUGUGCCCUAAUUUUCUUUGAAGCUACCAUGGGACAAUCGCUAACAACCCCCUUGAGUCUCACUCUAGACCAUUGGAAGGACGUCCGAGACCGAGCACGUGAUCAGUCGGUCGAGAUCAAGAAAGGAAAAUGGCAGACCCUCUGCACGUCCGAGUGGCCCACUUACGAUGUAGGAUGGCCGGUGAACGGCACUUUUAACAAGACCACUAUUUUGCAGGUUAAGGACCUGAUUUUCCGCCAGAAGCCGUACGGACACCCUGACCAGGUGGCCUACAUUGUCACCUGGGAGAGCUUGGCAUUUAGCCCUCCUCCUUGGGCAGAACCCUUUGUGGACCCGAAUUGGCUUCCUGUUUCCCCUAAACCUGUUUCCCCGAGCCCACCUGACCCUUUGGUUGCUUCUUCCUCUCUCUAUCCUGCUCUAACUAAGGAAGAGUCUCCCAAAGUCCCUCCCCCGAAACCUGUCCUCCCAGAGGACCCAAAUUCUCCCCUUAUAGAUCUCCUGUUGGAAGAACCUCCUCCGUACCCUGUACCUACAGCCCCGCCAAGAGAAGAGGAAGUGGAGCCGCCUGCUAGACCUCGACUCGAGGCGGCCCCUUCCCCUGUGGCUGGAAGACUUCGGGGACGACGCGAGGUGACGCCAGACUCCACCUCCCAGGCCUUUCCGCUUAGACAAGGGGCUGGCGGCCAGAUGCAAUACUGGCCAUUCUCAGCGGCCGACAUAUAUAACUGGAAACAACACAACCCCCCCUUUUCUAAGGAUCCGGUGGCUCUUACCAACCUGAUAGAAUCUGUCUUGCUUACCCAUCAGCCCACUUGGGAUGAUAUACAGCAACUUUUACAGGCCCUCCUGACCUCUGAGGAGAAGCAGAGAGUGCUCUUAGAGGCCAGGAAACAUGUUUUGGGGGACAAUGGACGCCCCACCUUGCUCCCGGAAGAGAUCGAUGACGCAUUCCCACUUACGAGACCUGAUUGGGAUUUCACCACGGCUGAAAGUAGGAGACACCUACGCCUUUAUCGCCAGUUGCUCCUAGCGGGUCUCCGAGGGGCGGCACGACGCCCCACCAAUUUGGCUCAGGUGAAACAAGUGGUACAAGAGGCUGCGGAGACUCCCUCAGCCUUCCUAGAGAGACUUAAGGAAGCUUAUCGCAUGUAUACCCCUUAUGAUCCAGAUGAUCCAGGACAAAUGACAAAUGUCUCCAUGUCCUUCAUCUGGCAGGCAGCACCAGAUAUCAGAGACUAGCCAAGCUACAGAGACUAGAAAAUUUACAAGGGUAUACACUGCAGGAUUUACUUAAGGAGGCAGAAAGAAUUUAUAACAAGAGAGAGACACAAGAAGAAAAGGAAGAUAGAGUACGUAGAGAAAAGGAUGAGAGAGACCGAAAAAGAAGCAGAGAGUUGAGUCGAAUCUUGGCCGCCGUAGUUCAGGGUCAAGAGAAAAGGGGAGAGAGGGUGGGAGUUCGAAAGGGGCCAAAGCUAGAUAAGGAUCAAUGUGCGUAUUGCAAAGAAAGAGGACACUGGGCCAGAGAUUGCCCUAAGAAACCCAGCGGGCUCCGAAGACCCCGCCCACAGACCUCCCUCUUGGCCCUAGAUAAAGAUUAGGGAGGUCAGGGCCAGGAGCCCCCCCCUGAGCCCAGGAUAACUCUUGAAGUUGGGGGGCAGCCAGUCACCUUUCUGGUGGACACAGGAGCCCAGCACUCAGUCCUCACCCAGGCCCCUGGACAACUCAGCGACCGGAUGGCCUGGGUACAAGGAGCCACUGGCAGCAAGAGAUACCGUUGGACUACAGAUUGACGGGUUCAGCUGGCUACUGGUAAGGUGACCCAUUCCUUCUUACAUGUUCCGGACUGCCCAUACCCUCUGCUGGGCCGUGACUUGCUUACCAAAUUAAAAGCUCAGAUCCAUUUUGAAGAAGGAGGGACCCGAGUAACCGGGCCCCGCGGUAUUCCUCUUCAGAUUUUAACCCUUCAGUUAGAAGAUGAAUAUAGAUUAUAUGAACCAGAACAGGACAAGCCAAAAUCUCCAGAAAUAGACUCUUGGGUCACGAAAUUCCCACUGGCCUGGGCGGAGACUGGCGGGAUGGGGUUGGCGCUCCAACAGCCUCCCCUAAUUAUCCAGUUAAAGGCCACCGCGACUCCUGUCUCCAUUAAACAGUACCCCAUGUCAUGGGAAGCUUAUCAGGGCAUAAAGCCACAUAUCAGGAGGCUCUUAGACCAAGGCAUCCUAGUCCCUUGCCGGUCACCCUGGAAUAUGCCUCUGCUACCUGUUAAGAAGCCCGGCACUGGAGACUAUAGGCCGGUACAAGAUUUGAGAGAGGUCAACAAAAGAGUAGAAGAUAUUCAUCCAACUGUCCCAAACCCUUAUAACCUACUCAGCACCCUGCCUCCCACCCAUACUUGGUAUACGGUCUUAGAUCUGAGCUGAGCCCAGAAAGCCAGCCCUUAUUUGCUUUUGAGUGGAAAGACUCUGAAAUGGGGCUUUCGGGACAGUUGACUUGGACAAGGUUACCACAGGGUUUCAAAAACAGCCCAACGCUCUUUGAUGAGGCCUUACACCGGGACUUGGCUGACUUUCGAGUCCAGCAUCCCACUCUUAUACUUCUUCAGUUUGUUGAUGACCUUCUUCUAGGGGCCACUUCUGAGACAGCAUGCCACCAGGGAACAGAAUCCCUCUUGCAGACUUUGGGGCGAUUGGGCUAUCGAGCUUCUGCCAGAAAGGCUCAAAUUUGCCAGACCCAGGUUACUUAUUUAGGCUAUCAACUAAGGGACGGACAGCGAUGGCUGACUCCGGCUAGGAAACAGACCGUGGCCAACAUCCCAGCCCCAAGAAAUGGCCGACAGCUACGGGAAUUCCUAGGAACGGCGGGAUUCUGCCGCCUCUGGAUUCCUGGGUUUGCCGAGAUGGCAGCCCCCUUGUACCCUCUCACUAAACAGGGGGUGCUCUUCCAGUGGGGGGCAGAACAACAGGAGGCAUUUGAUAACAUUAAACGGGCCUUGCUGUCCUCCCCUGCCUUGGGUCUCCCAGACAUCACCAAGCCCUUUUAACUAUUUGUGGAUGAGAAGCAAGGGUAUGCUAAGGGGGUCCUAACACAAAGACUGGGACCCUGGAAGCGCCCGGUAGCCUACCUGUCUAAGAAAUUAGACCCUGUGGCCUCCGGUUGGCCACCAUGCCUGAGAAUGGUGGCAGCCAUUGCCGUCCUAACUAAAGACGCUGGGAAGUUGACCUUGGGGCAGCCACUCACCAUCCUGGCACCCCAUGCAGUGGAGGCUUUGAUAAAACAGCCCCCUGACCGCUGGCUCUCUAAUUCCCGCAUGACCCACUACCAAGCCUUGCUACUGGAUGCGGAACGGGUCCAGUUUGGGCCCGUGGUCGCUCUCAACCCAGCCACUCUGCUUCCUUUGCCAGAGGAGGCAGAACAGCACGACUGUCUGCAGAUCCUUGCAGAAGUACAUGGAACCAGACCAGACCUAUCGGACCGACCUCUCCAGGAUGCUGACCAUACGUGGUAUACCGAUGGUAGCAGCUACUUGGUGAACGGGGAACGGAAAGCUGGAGCCGCGGUCACUACGAAGGACAAAGUGAUCUGGGCAAGCGCCUUGCCUGUUGGUACCUCCGCACAGCGGGCUGAACUCAUUGCCUUAACCCAGGCGCUCAAAAUGGCAGAAGGUAAGAGGCUGAAUGUAUAUACAGACAGCCGCUACGCCUUUGCUACAGCACACAUCCAUGGAGAGAUCUACCGGAGAAGAGGGCUGCUCACAUCUGAGGGUAAGGACAUUAAGAACAAGACUGAAAUUCUGGCCCUCCUGGCAGCUCUGUUCCUACCAAAAAGACUGAGCAUUAUACAUUGCCCAGGGCAUCAGAAGGGACACAGCCCCGAGGCACGGGGAAAUCGGCUAGCUGAUGUCUCAGCGCGUGAGGCCGCCAUGGGCACCCAAGUUCUGUCCUUAAAAGACCAAGAUCAACCCACGUCUCCACAGCCGGAACAGACCGGUUGGCUCUACACCACAGAGGACACAAAGCUCCUACAGAAAAUGGGGGCCGUUUGGUGCCCACAACUAAAACGGUGGGUCUACACAGGGAAAACAGUUAUGCCUACAAAGAUGACCUUUGAAUUAAUCUCCUACCUACAUAAAUUAACACACCUGGGACUCAAGAAGAUGAAGACCCUCUUAAGACGAGAAGAGAUUGACACCUAACUCCUGGGACGAGAUCAGGCCUUGAGGGAGGUGACUGAAAGCUGCAGGGCCUGUGUUCAGGUAAACCCAGGAAAAGCUAAAAUUGGACAAGGAGUCCGUCCCCGAGGACAUCGGCCUGGUACCCACUGGGAAAUUGACUUCACUGAAAUCAAGCCUGGUAUGUACGGACACAAAUACCUCUUAGUGUUCAUAGAUACCUUCUCCGGAUGGGUAGAGGCUUUCCCCACGAAACAUGAAACGGCCAAGGUGGUGACCAAGAAGCUCCUCGAAGAAAUCUUCCCCAGGUAUGGAAUGCCCCAAGUAUUGGGGUCAGAUAACGGGCCCGCUUUCGUCUCCCAGGUAAGUCAGUUGGUGGCCAAGUUAUUGGGGAUUGAUUGGAAGUUACAUUGUGCUUAUAGACCCCAAAGUUCAGGACAGGUAGAGCGCAUGAAUAGAACAAUUAAGGAGACUUUAUCUAAAUUAACGCUUGCAAGUGGCUCAAAGGAUUGGGUGUCCCUACUACCCCUAGUCCUAUACCGGGCCCGGAAUACACCAGGCUCCCAUGGCCUGACUCCCUUUGAAAUAGUAUACGGGACCCCACCCCCAUUUAUCAAUUUCUUUGAUUCAAACAUCGCUGAAUUCGCUAAUAGCCCUUCCUUGGCAGCACAUCUUCAGGCCCUACAAAUCGUGCAGAGAGACAUCUGGAAACCUCUAGCCGCGGCCUACCAAGACAGGCUUGAACAACCGACGGUGCUGCACCCGUUCCAGAUCGGAGACACCGUGUGGGUGCGCAGACAUCAGACCAAGAAUCUCGAGCCUCGGUGGAAAGGGCCCUAUACAGUUCUCCUGACUACCCCGACAGCCUUGAAGGUAGACGGAAUUGCGGCUUGGAUCCACGCAUCUCAUGCCAAGGCAGCCCGACCUGAGGAAAUGGCAGAUCACAACAUCGCGCCCCAGACAUGGAAGGCUCAACGCACUCAAAACCCCCUAAAGCUAAGAUUUUCACGUUGUUGCUCUUAACUGUCUUAUGGACUAGGGGUGGGGCGAGUCUGGGGGCUAGCCCCCACCAGGUAUAUAAUAUGUCCUGGAUAAUAACUAAUUUAGAGACGGGCUGGUCUCAAGUCCUAGCUAAUGGUAAGCAUGCUGAAGGAACCUGGUGGCCCCCUUUGACUUUCGACCUUUGUCAACUGGCUAAGGACUCCUGGGAGCAUACUGAGCGGACUCCCCACAACUCAUACCCACCCUGCAGACACUCUGAUUGGUAUACUUGUCCCGGAGGUAAGAGGACACGGGAGUGUGGAGGUCCUGAGACCUUCUACUGCGCUAAGUGGGGGUGUGAGACUUACACUCGAGGAUGGUGGGGGACCAAGAAGGGGGACUUAGUGGCCUUCUUCCCUGAGACUCCAGGCGAAUCUUGAAUUACAAUAGAAUUCACAGAUCAAGGUAAAAACAUAGAUUGGAAGGUGGGGCGUAGGUGGGGGAUACGGUUGUAUACCCCUGGCCAAACUAACCCAGGACUCCUGUUCUCCCUCCAACUGGUGAGAGAACGGGUCACACAAGAGAUUGGUCCAAACCCAGUCCUCAUGGAUCAAAAGCCCCCUUCCUGACCAGCACCGGCACUGCCCCCGGUCGGACCCCCACUAUGGCUAAACACCACUCAGAACUCCGGGGAUAUCUUGACAACUCCCUCCCCGACUAGGGACCCUUCCACACCGGCCCCUCAGCUGCUAGGAACGGGAGACCAGCUAAUCAACUUAGUGACCGGGGCAUACUUGGCACUCAAUUAUUCAGAACCUGACAAGACCCAAGAAUGCUGGCUGUGCCUGGUCUCUAGCCCGCCCUAUUAUGAGGGUGUGGCAGUCAUGGGAAUUAUACUAAUCAGACUACAGCCCCGGCCAGCUGCACAACCCUCCCUAGCCAUAGGCUGACGUUGCCGGAAGUCUCAGGACAGGGACUCUGUAUAGGGACCAUACCCCCCACUCACCAGGUCCUCUGCGCUAUCACCGAGAGGAUCCCCACUGGAAGCUACUACCUAGCAGCUCCUACAGGCACCUAUUGGGCCUGUAACACUGGAUUGACACCUUGUAUCUCCGCCGCAAUCCUCCGCAGAUCCUCAGACUACUGUGUACUGGUAGAAAUUUGGCCUAAGGUCACCUACCAUGGGCCCGAGUACAUAUACUCACAUUUUGAGAGGCUGACUUGAUUCAGGCGAGAACCCAUCACCAUGACCCUAGUUCUACUCUUGGGAGGAAUCACCUUAGGAGGAAUGGCUGCAGGUAUAGGGACGGGGACCACCGCCCUCAUCGAGACGGGUCACUUUCGUCAGCUACAAGCAGCCAUGAAUGCAGAUCUAAAAGCUAUCGAGGAAUCCGUGAGUGCAUUAGAAAAGUCCUUAACAUCUUUGUCUGAAGUAGUCUUACAAAAUAGGAGAGGGCUAGACAUGCUGUUCCUUCGCGAAGGAGGGCUAUGUGCUGCUCUAAAAGAAGAAUGUUGUUUCUAUGCAGACCAUACAGGAUUAGUGAGAGAUAACAUGGCUAAGCUCCGAGAACGUUUGGCCCAGAGACAGAAGCUGUUUGAUUCCCAACAAGGCUGGUUCGAGGGGUGGUUUAACCGAUCCCCUUGGUUUGCUACCCUGGUGUCCACCUUGAUGGGACCCUUAAUCAUCCUCCUCCUAAUCCUCCUCUUUGGCCCCUGCAUUCUAAACAGAUUGAUGCAGUUCAUAAAGAACAGACUCUCAGUCAUUCAGACGCUUGUUCUCACCCAACAAUACCAGAGGGCACUCAGCGCUAUGAGUUUUCCUCUCAGCACAGCUUUCAUUGUGUCCCGUAAGUUUGGGUAUGUUGUACCUUCAUUUUCAUUAAAUUCUAAAAAGUUUUAAAUUUCUUUCUUUAUUUCUUCCUUGACCAGGUUAUCAUUGAGUAGAGCAUUGUUCAAUUUCCAUGUAUAUGUGGGCAUUCUUCCCUUAUUUUUAUUGAAGACCAGUUUUAGGCCGUGGUGGUCCGAUAGCACGCAUGGGAUUAUUUCUAUCUUUCUGUACCUGUUGAGGCCCGUUUUUGACCAAUUAUAUGGUCAAUUUUGGAGAAAGUACCAUGAGGAGCUGAGAAGAAGGUAUAUCCUUUUGCUUUAGGAUAGAAUGUUCUAUAAAUAUCUGUUACGUCCAUUUGGCUCAUGACUUCUCUUAGUCUGUCUACGUCUCUGUUUAAUUUCUGUGUCCAUGAUCUGUCCAUUGAUGAGAGUGGGGUGUUGAAAUCUCCUACUAUUAUUGUGUGAGGUGCAAUGUGUGUUUUGAGCUUUAGUAAGGUUUCUUUUAGGUAUGUAGGUGCCCUUGUAUUUGGGGCAUAGAUAUUUAGGAUUGAGAGUUCAUCUUGGUGAACUUUUCCUUUGAUGAAUAUGAAGUGUCCUUCCUUAUCUUUUUUGAUGACUUUUAGUUGAAAAUUGAUUUUAUUUGAUAUUAGAAUGGCUACUCCAGCUUGCUUCUUCUGACCAUUUGCUUGGAAAGUUGUUUUCCAGCCUUUCACUCUGAGGUAGUGUCUGUCUUUGUCUCUGAGGUGUGUUUCCUGUAGGCACCAGAAUGCAGGGUCCUCAUUGCAUAUCCAGUUUGUUAAUCUAUGUCUUUUUUAUUGGGGAGUUGAGGCCAUUGAUGUUGAGAGAUAUUAAGGAAUAGUGAUUAUUGCUUCCUGUUAUAUUCAUAUUUGGAUGUGAGGUUAUGUUUGUGUGCUUUUCUUCUCUUUGUUUUGUUGCCAAGACGAUUAGUUUCUUGCUUCUUCUAGGGUAUAGCUUGCCUCCUUAUGUUGGGCUUUCCCAUUUAUUAUCCUUUGUAGUGCUGGAUUUGUAGAAAGAUAUUGUGUCAAUUUGGUUUUGUCAUGGAAUAUGUUGGUUUCUCCAUCUAUGUUAAUUGAGAGUUUUGCAGGAUACAGUAACCUGGGCUGGCAUUUGUGUUCUCUUAGGGUCUGUAUGACAUCUGUCCAGGAUCUUCUGGCCUUCCUAGUUUCUGGCAAGAAGUCUGGUGUGAUUCUGAUAGGUCUGCCGUUAUAUGUUACUUGACCUUUUUCCCUUACUGCUUUUAAUAUUCUUUCUUUAUUUUGUGCGUUUGGUGUUUUGACUAUUAUGUGACGGGAGUAGUUUCUUUUCUGGUCCAAUCUAUUUGGAGUUCUGUAGGCUUCUUGUAUGCCUAUGGGUAUCUCUUUUUUUAGGUUAGGGAAGUUUUCUUCUAUGAGUUUGUUGAAGAUAUUUACUGGUCCUUUGAGCUGGGAGUCUUCACUCUCUUCUAUACCUAUUAUCCUUAGGUUUGAUCUUCUCAUUGAGUCCUGGAUUUCCUGUAUGUUUUGGACCAGUAGCUUUUUCCGCUUUACAUUAUCUUUGACAGUUGAGUCAAUGAUUUCUAUGGAGUCUUCUGCUCCUGAGAUUCUCUCUUCCAUCUCUUGUAUUCUGUUGGUGAAGCUUGUAUCUACAGCUCCUUGUCUCUUCUUUUGGUUUUUCUAUAUCCAGGGUUGUUUCCAUGUGUUCUUUCUUGUUUGCUUCUAUUUCCAUUUUUAAUUCCUUCAACUGAUUGUGUUUUCCUGGAAUUCUUUCAGGGAUUUUUGUGUCUCUAUGGGCUUCUACUUGUUUAUUUAUGUUUUCCUGGAAUUCUUUCAGGCAUUUUUGCGAUUCCUUUCUGUAGGCUUCUACUUGUUUAUUAAUGUUUUCCUGUGUUUCUCUAAGGGAGUUCUUCACGUCUUUCUUGAAGUCCUCCAGCAUCAUGAUCAAAUAUGAUUUUGAAACUAGAUCUUGCUUUUCUGGUGUGUUUGGAUAUUCCAUGUUUGUUUUGAUGGGAGAAUUGGGCUCCGAUGGUGCCAUGUAGUCUUGGUUUCUGUUGCUUGGGUUCCUGCGCUUGCCUCUCACCAUCAGAUUAUCUCUAGUGUUACUUUGUUCUGCUAUUUCUGACAGUGGCUAGACUGCCCUAUAAGCCUUUGUGUCAGAAGUGCUGUAGACCUGUUUUCCUGUUUUCUUUCAGCCUGUUAUGGGGACAGAGUGUUCUGCUUUCGGGCGUGUAGUUUUUCUUCUCUACAGGUCUUCAGCUGUUCCUGUGGGUCUGUGUCUUGAGUUCACCAGGCAGUUCACUUGCAGCAGAGAAGUUGGUCUUACCUGUGGUCCCGAGGCUCAAGUUCGCUCUCGGGGUGCUGCCCACGAGCUUUCUGCGGCAGCAGCAACCAGGAAGAUCUGUGCCGCCGUUUCCGGGAGCUUCAGUGCACCAGGGUUCCAGAUGGCGUUUGGUGUUUUCCUCUGGAAUCAGUAGUGUGUGCAGAGUGCAGUCUCUUCUGGUUUCCCAGGCGUGUCUGCGUCUCUGAAGGUUUAGCUCUUUCUCCCACAGGAUUUGGCUGCAGAGAACUGUUUAUCCGGUCUGUUCCUUCAGGUUCCGGAGGUGUCUCAGGCGCAGGGGUCCUGCCGCUCCUGGGCCCUCCCCCACGGGAACCCAGAGGCCUUAUACAGUUUCCUCUUGGGCCAGGGAUGUGGGCAGUGGUGGGCAUUGUUGGUGGUCUCUUCCGCUCUGCAGCCUCAGGAGUGCCCACCUGACCAGGUGGUAAGGUCUCUCUCCCACGGUGUCUGGGAGCAGAGAGGUGCUGUGGGCUGGGAUCCGCGGGUGUGGGACUCCCCUUGGAACUUUUUUAUGUUGCAUUUUCUUUGUUGUGUCAAUGUUUUCUGUGGUAUCUUCUGCUCCUGAGAUUUUCUCUUCUCUUCUAUCUCUUGUAUUCUGUUGGUGAUGCUUGCGUCUAUGAUUCCUGAUCUCUUUCCUAGGUUUUCUUUUUUUUUUUUUGAAAGAUGAGUAAAUAUAUUUUGUGAUUUAAACCUUUGUGAAAUGUUUGAAAAAUAUUAUAAUUACACUUCCUAAAAGAAUAAAUUUUUAAGACAAAAUGAAAGGUAUUUAGUAUGAUAACAAACUUGGAAACAUACAAAUACCAUUUUUAUUUUAUGGUGGAGAACUUUGCCCUUCAUCAUGGCAUAAUAGGUUAUUAAACCAUUUACUAUUUAUGUGAAUAAAGGGGAGUAAGUAUUUGAUUUUCUUCUAUCAGUCAGGUCCAAAAUGUCUAGGUAUAAUAAUAUUCUAGACACAAAAUUUAGUCAAUGCACAAUAUGUUCAAGUAAUACUUAAGAGGAUAAUAUUCCAAAUACCAUGUAUUCAUUUGUAUGCUUUUGUUGAGCUACUGGAUUUUCAACCAAACAGAAAAGAAAUGAGUUACCAUUUCCCAACUUGCACAAUCCUUAAGAUACUUGAAAUUAUUUUCCCACUUUUCCUACAUAAUUUGACUACUUGUGGCCACAAGAGGAUUCAGCCUACACAUUAGGUAAGUUUCUAUGCAUAAUAAUGUGCUGGAAUGGUGUGAUGGAAUGGAUGAGGCAAGGAAUCCACCAAUAAAGGACACUGGUGGAAAGAAUCACUGCUCUAAAUUGAAGUCUGAGAAGAUGAAACCAAUUUUUUAAGACUUAUUUAUUUUAUUGCUAUGAGCAAACUGUCACUGUCUUCAGACCCAUCAGGAGAGGGAGGGCAUUGGGUACCAUUAUAGAUCUUCCUAGGUUUUCUAUCUCCAGGUUUAUCUCCCUUUGUGAUUUCUUUGUUUCUAUUUCUACUUUUAGAUGGUUUUGUUCAAUUCCUCUACCUGUUUGGUUGUGUUCUCCUGUAUGUCUUUAAGGAAAUUAUUCAUGUCCUUCUUAAAGCCCUCUUUCAUCAUCAUGAGAUAUAAUUUUAACUUUGAAUCUUGCUUUUCAGCUGUGAUGGGAAUAUCCAGGACUUGCUGUAGUGGGAGAACUAGAUCCUGAUGAUUCCAAGUAGCCUUGUUUUCUGUUGCUUAUGUUCUAGUGCUUGCCUCUUGCCAUUUGGUUGUCUCUAGUGUAUGCCAUAGCUGUCUCUGUCUGGAGCAUGUCCUUUUCGUGAUCCUGCCUGUGUGAGAACUCAGAGUCCAAGAGUCUUUCUGAUUCUUUGACCCUGUGAUCCUGUGAUCUUGAGUGUCAGAGCUCCUGGGAAUCAAGCUGCCUCUGAGAUACUCAAGUGUGGUCCUGGUGUGACCAAGCUCCUGAGGUCCUUUUUGGUCAGAGAUCCUGUGAGUCAAGCUUUCUCUGGUGUUGCAGGGUGGGGUUAGGCCAGAGCCCUGAGUUUGCUCUGAGCACAAAUAAAAGCUGGAAGGAAUCCAUGCCUCUGGGUGGGUGGGAGUUUGUGUUUCCCUGGUUUCUAUGUGGGUCCCAGUUAUCCUGGGUGUUGGAGAAGAAGUUGUGGCCUCAACUGUGACUUUUAGUUUGUGAGAACUCCAGUGCUCCUGAAUGUGUCCAAUUUCCUGGGAGUUCAGCUUUCUCUGUGGUCCUGUGAUUCUGUGUUCCUGGGUCUGUUAGUGCACCUGUAGUCCUGUGAUCUUGAGAUCCUGGGUGCGUUAGAGCACUGUGUGAUGGGAUUCCUUUGGGUGUUGUGGGAAUGGGAGUGGGACCAGUGCUCAAGGUCUGCUCAGGACACAAGUUCAGACCAUAAGGGACCCCCCCAUGGAUGGCUGGGCAAAGUUCCUGCAUCCCUAGUUCCAAGGAGACCCCGUUACUCCGGGUGUUGUGACAGAUGUUGUGUCCUCCUCACCUGUGAUCCUAGGCAUAUUACAGCACCUGGCUGAUAGGCUUGCUCUGGGUGUGUUGUGUAUAAACCAAUAUAUGAAGGAAGUGCAAAAGAAGUAAUAGAGAUGAGAUCUGGUGAAACAGUGGGGGACGAAAAUGGAUUGUUUCAUUCAGGGUUUGUAGGAGGGAUGCAGAAUUGAAGACCAUUAUGGGGGAGGAGAGAGGGGAGAUUGAACUCUGCUAGACAAUGAAUGCAGAUAGGGUCUUGGGUCUUGAUAGAUCCAGAAGCAAUUUGAAGUACAAAUGUCAGUUUCCAAAUUAUCUGCAUAGAAAUUUUCUAGCAGGAAACAAUCUACAACUGACAGACAUUGUCUACCCCAGGUUGGUACUGGUGCAGCAUCAUAUGUCCUGAAUGUCCACAUGUCAGCAAGGCGAUGGCCUGGGCAGAAUGAUUCCAGGUCUCCAGGGAGGGCACUGAGGGGACUGACUGGGAUGUCUCUGGUUUCUCUCCAGUCUUUCCUGUGUUACUGAGCAGGACUGUGUGACAUGGCCUUCAGUAACCACCUAUGGUCACAGACUGCACGUUCUAUUCUGGCUCUGGCUCUAGUCACAGAGGAAGGCAGACUGUGGACAGUUACUGACCUAUUGAACAGGCUGUAAUAAGUACUGAUAUGGGCUCGGCCUACAUCAAGCUGUCUUGUCUCUCCAUGAACUGCACUGAGAUAGAAAAAAUGCUGACCUUCCCCUGCUCCAUCAAUGUAAAACAGAAACCACUGUGGUGAAAGGCAGGAUGUUUACAAGGAAGCAGCUCCUGUCUGGAAAGGAGCAUUGAGUGCAAGAGGAAGAACUCUGAAAAGAAAACCCAGGAACAAAACCAAGUUUAUUACCAGGAAGCAUGGGGGACACAAUGGAUGGGCAGAUGGGACAUCUAGAAAAAGGAUGGCCAGAGCUACCUGCUCCUUGCCCUGUCCUGGUCAGGUGUACCUGGUGUCAGAGGCUUGGUGGGCAGCAACUGAAUGUGAGGACCAAUCAGUUCCCGUGUGAUUGACUGGACAGUUCUCUCUGGGAAUCAGAAAGCAGGCACAGCCCAUUCCUUUCUUUGUAUAUUGAUGAGUGUCAGAGGGUUUAUGAUGAAUGUCAGAGGGUUUAUGGACA